CGCGAAGCGAGCCUGCAAGCACAGUGACCUUCCUCGGACUGAGGAGAUCCGUCGUGCUAGCGCCGCAGAUCCACACACAGAGCCAUGGCUUUCUUCACACAUCAGAUUACCAGAACAUUAUGCUCUUCUGCUGUCCGAAAUGCAGCCAUCAAACAUGUCACUGUAAUCGGAGGUGGAUUAAUGGGUUCAGGCAUUGCUCAGGUUGCUGCAGUGACAGGGCAUUCAGUGGUGCUGGUGGACACAUCUGAGGACAUCCUGAAGAAUUCCGCCAAGAACAUCCAGGGCAGCCUGAAGAGAGUGGUGAAGAAGAAGUUUGCAGACAAACCUGAGGCUGGAGAAGAGUUUGUUCAGAAGGUGAUGAAUAACAUUUCCACAAGUACAGAUGCUGCCUCAGUGGUGCAGAAAACAGACCUUGUGGUGGAGGCCAUUGUGGAGAAUCUCAAAGUUAAACAGGCUCUCUUUUCUACAUUGGAUAAAGUGGCUCCAGCACACACCAUCUUUGUCAGCAACACAUCCUCGCUGCCUAUUGCAGACAUUGCCAGCUCAACAGCCCGGUUAGAUCGGUUUGGGGGUCUCCAUUUCUUCAACCCUGUCCCCAUGAUGAAGCUGGUUGAGGUGAUCAAGGCGGCGGGAACGAGCCAACAAACGUUCGAUGCACUCCUUGAUUUCACCAAAGCUUUAGGAAAGCACCCUGUGUCGUGCAAAGACACUCCAGGCUUCAUUGUAAACCGGCUGCUUGUUCCUUAUAUGCUGGAGGCUGUCCGGCUUUAUGAACGAGGCCACGGAUCGAAAGAGGACAUUGAUGUAGCCAUGAAGCUUGGUGCUGGUUAUCCUAUGGGGCCUUUUGAGCUUCUGGACUAUGUAGGAUUGGACACGUCAAAGUUUAUCAUUGAUGGUUGGUAUGAAAAGGAGCCUGAAAACCCCCUGUUUGCACCCAGUCCCUUGCUCAAUAAACUAGUGGCUGAAGGCAAGCUGGGUAAGAAGACUGGAGAGGGAUUCUACAAGUACAAGUAACCAGAGCAUGGAUGAGCUUGAUCUGUUGAUCAGAGAGCACUUAUGCAGAGAGAAUCCACAUAGAGCUGUGAGCAGAGGAGGACAACCGAUUGAACAUUAAACUGCAAUUUUGCAACGGUAAACAAACAGGAGAAAUCUUAGUGCCUUGCUGACCGGCAGAUAACAGAUCGUCUUGAACUCAGCCCUUCAUAAUCCGUCUGUUUUUUGAUGUCGGGCUGACAAAUGCAGUGUUGAAUUAAAAAAAUUAUUUGGAUAUAUUGGAAA